AUGGCGCCCGUGGAGCGCAAUCGAAACAUCAAGUCUGCUGGCAAUAAAGGUCACAGACUCGGGCGCACGCCAUAUGAGAGGACGGAACCACGCUUGCAUGGUGUGUCGAACGAUGUAGGAGCGGCGAAUGGUGUCGCCAAAGCCGCUGCCCAGGCAGGAGACGCAGCCCAGCCUGCUUCGAGACUGUCGACACUAAGCCGGUCUGUAGUACGUGCGUUCGGUUCUUUGUGGGGUGCAGACAAAUCCGAGAAAACAGAACCGACCACCAACCUCGAACUACCCGCCAAUCCGCUGCUGCUUCGGCAGGUCGGCACAAGACCCGUUGAUACACUGUCAACUGCAGCUACCGUUGGUUCUUCGCGACUUGAUUCCGAAAAUGAGGCGGUUUCCGGUGAUUCAUCGCAGGACGAAGCGACCAGUCGCUCGCUUGUGUUUGGAAACAACACAACGGUGCCCCAAUUCGAUCUAAGUUUGUUACAAAACCAACAAAGUCUCAACGUGCCUGCAAACAUGAUUAUCGCUGCAUAUAGAGAUGCUUUGCUUGCAAAUGACAAUAGCACGCUCAAACGCAGAAGGUCGACUCCUUUAGAAACCCCGGAACCACCCAAAACUCCCACCGUUCCCAGCGUUGCUGCUGCUCAGAAAUCUACAGAUACUUCGUCUGGGCGAAUUCCUGUUGUUGAGCGGGCUCCUGCUGUUCUGGCAAACAUUGAGCCGCCUAAGAAGACACCCAAGGUUGAUAUUACUGCAGACGUGACCACUAAAUUCCCCGCAACACAAAGUCGAAUUGAGCUGGUCACGCGACCCAUGGUGGAUCUAACAAAACUUCCCGAGGACCGAAUGAAACGCCCCGGUUUCAUUUCCGUCAAUUUUGAUUUCAGUGAUAGUGACGAGGAUGAUCCUGAAGAUGAACAAGUUCCUCGCCGCCCACUUAUUGAGAGUGCCGAAGUUGUCGAAGCUCGUAAUCAGGCCAAGAAGACAGAAUCUAUCCCUGCUGAGAAACCUGUUUUCUCUUUUGAAUCUACCAAGCAGUCAAAAUCCUCUGAGCAACCUAAACCCGCGACAGAGUCAACAAAGCCCUUCGCGUUUGGCUCAAAUCCCAGUACUACUACAGCUUUAGACCUCUCUUCUGAGUCUCAGAAGCAGAGUGGCUCCACUCCAGCAUUCAGUUUUGGGGCUAAAUCUGAUGCAAAGCCCGAAAAGCCCACAUUCAGUUUCGAAAAGUCCGAUGAGACUGAAGCCAAGAAAGACAAGCCUGCAUUUUCUUUCGCUAAACCAUCCGAAGCUGGAUCAGGUGAGGCCAAGCCUGUGUUCAGCUUCGGUGAUUCAAAGCCUGAAAAGCCUGAGCAGAGUAAUGUGAGUGAACCAGCUGAGAAGAAGGACGCGCCAGGAGCCUCCUCGUCAGGGCCGCCAGCUUUCAGCUUUGCCUCAACAACUGAAAAGCCUUCUGACAAGUCUAAAAGCAAGCAUGCAUUCAGCUUUGGCUCGUCAAAAGACCAUGCUCCUGCCUUUAGUUUUGGUGGUGAUAAGCCUGCUGAUAGCACUACUUCCAGUGGGAAAGAGGAUCAGAACAAGCCAGCAUUUACCUUUGGCGGUGAGAAAUCCCAAAAUAAACCUGCUUUCGGUUUUGGUGAACCAGCCAAAGCUCAAGAAAAGCCCGCAACUUUUGGCGUUGAAAACAAGAAAGCAGACAAGCAUGCUCUCAGUUUCGGUGGUGACUCUUCGAAGCAAGAAAAGCCCACGUUUAAUUUCAAUGACGGUGCAUCACAAAAGGAUACGCCUGCCUUCAGCUUCGGUGGUGACGCUUCGGCAACUCAAGCCAAGCCCGCGUUUACGUUCGGUGGUGAAGCCGCAAAGUCUGAAGACAAGCCUGCCUUUAGCUUUGGUGGUGACGCUUCGAAGCCUGCAGACAAGCCUGUUUUCGCCUUCGGUGGUGAUGCACCAAAGUCGCAAGAUAAACCGGCAUUCAGCUUUGGUGCUACCAAUGGAGACAAACCUGCCUUCAGUUUUGGUGAGACAAAGAAACCUGAGCCGACAGCAGCCAACCGCACUGAGGCUCCUGCUUUCAGUUUUGGGGCUGCCAAGCCUUCAGAGGCUUCAACAGAAAAACCUGUGUUGAGUUUCGGUGCGCCAUCAACUGAGCCCAAGAAGGACGCUCCGUUCAGCUUCGGCUCUAGUGCCGCCAAACCGGCGUUUUCGUUGGGAUCCAACUCGGAAGAGCCUAAACCCGCUCUAGACAAGCCGGCAUUUAGCUUUGGCGCUCAGUCUGCCAGCCCGGCAGCCACACCAGCUCCCGGACAACCAGCUCCCACAAACACUUUUUCAUUCGGUGCAUCAUCGGCUCCUGCAGCGACGGGCUCCACACCUGCUCCUUUCUCGUUUGGACAGAAUAAUAAUAAACCGAGCAGUGGCUUCUCGUUUGGGUCGAACAGUAGUACUCCUGCUCCAGCCAGUAACAGUGGGAGCGGGUUCAGCUUUUCUGGCAGUGCCACCCAGCCAGCAGCAUCUGCUGGAGGAUUCUCAUUUGGAGCCAAUAAUGAUGCCAAGCCUGCCGGAUCAGGCUUCUCGUUUGGAACUAACUCAAGCGGUCCCGCAAACCCUUCGUUCGGGUUUGGUGCGAACAAUGCAAACAGUGCAGCAGCUCCCGCAGCCGCCAGUGGUGGGUUCAGUUUCGGAGCCAAUGCUGCGCCUCCACAACAACAGGGAUUCAAUUUCGGUUCAGGCAGCGCGCCUGCUCCGCAGCUCGGCGCUAACAACAGCUUCGCUAAUAACCCUCUCGCAGCAGGCCUCGCUCAAGCUCCUGUAAACAGGGCCAACGGCAGGCCCAUUGCACCUAUUCGCCGGCGCAUCCUCCCUAGACGUUAG